GGAGAGGAAAGAAGACAAGUCAAGCAUGCUCUGGUCAUGUUUUAUAGGUUAUGAAGCAAAAGCCUUACAUGUCUGCUUUCUUGCCUGAAACAUAAGCGCGCCGCAUCCCCAUCUAAGUACAACAUGAAUCCUCGAAAUGUGUCAUUACAAAUUCUGUUUCUGUUUCUUCUAUUUCAUUUGAUUGAUUCUUUGCACACCCUUGCCCCAAACAAUACCGUGAAAGAUGGUGAGGUCUUAAUCUCCCAAGGAAGAAAAUUUGCUCUCGGUUUCUUCAGCCCAGGUAAUUCAAGCCUGCGUUACGUGGGGAUUUGGUACAAUGGACUCCCAGAGCAAACCGUCGUUUGGGUUGCUAACAGAGAGAAACCCGUGAAUGAUACUUCAGGAGUUCUUGCAUUUGAUCAUUGCGGAAACUUAGUGAUCCAUGAAAACGAUGGGAGCUUUCCCAUUUGGUCAACCAAUAUUUCCUCCCUGACUUUUAAUGGUUCUACUACUGCUCAGCUUUUGGAUUCAGGUAACCUGGUUUUAAUUCAUGAUCUGAGCAAAAUGGUCAUUUGGCAGAGCUUUGAUCAUCCCACAGAUACCCAACUUCCGUCCAUGAAGCUUGGGAUGGACCGGAGAACCGGUUUGAACUGGUUCCUGACAUCUUGGAAGUCCAAAGAUGAUCCAGCACCAGGCAUUUAUUCAUUCAGGAUUGAACAAACAGGGUACCCACAAGGGUUCCUUUACCAGGGUCGAGCUCCAUAUUGGCGGGGUGGACCGAUAAUUGAGAAUCCACAUGGUGUUGAGCCGUCAAUGCCUAAUGAUUUCAACUAUAUUAUCACAAUUGUGAGCAACGCGACGGAGUUUUCUCAAACGUAUAGCACAUCGGUUAUCUCUAGGUAUGUGGUGCAGGAGUCAGGGUCAUUUAAAUACUUUGUAAUGAGUGAUGAAGAACAGCAAUGGAGCGAGUUUAAUCACUUUCCAAGGGAGCAGUGUGACAACUACAGGAACUGUGGGCCUAAUAGCAACUGUGGUGCAAACACCGCUGACCAGUUAGACUGCACAUGCCUGCCUGGCUUCGAACCCACAUCUCUGGCCGAAUGGUACCUAAAGAACGGAUCAGAUGGAUGCAAGAGGAGGCAAGGCGCGUCAAUGUGUCAAAGUGGGGAAGGUUUUGUGAAGGUGCAACGGGUGAAGUUGCCGGACACUACAACAGCACAUGUUGACAUGAGGCUGAGCUUGAAGGAGUGCGAGCAGGAAUGCUUGAGGGAUUGCAAUUGCACAGCUUAUUCGAGUGCAAAUAAAAGCAUGGGGGAAUAUGGAUGCCUUAAAUGGUUUGGAGAUUUAGUGGAUACAAGAGAAUUUUCAAACUUGGGUGAAGAUUUAUAUGUGCGGGUCGAUGCAAUUGACUUAGCUCGUUAUAGGAAAAGCACUCUUGUCAAGAAGGCAAUGGUGGCAACGAUGUUGGUAUCUGCAGUAGUGUUGCUGCUCUUAGGCUCCCUUAUGUACUGCCUUCGGCUGAAGAAGAAAAGAGCAGAUAGAAGAGGGCGUAAUCAUCCGUUCGGUGUUACCACAAGUUCAACAUCUUUGGACGAAAUUCCAGGCCUGAAAGACCUUGACAGCGAAGGUAGGCGAAAAACAGAUAUACCAGUACUUGAUUUUGGAACUGUGGCUGCAGCCACAAGCAAUUUUUCCUCUGCCAAUGAGCUCGGCCAAGGCGGUUUUGGAUCUGUAUAUAAGGGCGUGACAAAUGAUGGAACAGAAAUAGCGGUUAAAAGGCUCUCAAAAUAUUCAGGACAAGGAAAUGAAGAGUUCAAAAAUGAAGUCAGGUUGAUUGCCAAACUCCAACACCGGAAUCUAGUGAAAAUCUUAGGUUGCUGCAUUCAAGAAGAUGAAAAGCUGUUAAUUUAUGAGUAUUUACCCAAUAAAAGCUUGGAUUCAUUACUUUUCGAUGAAACAAAGAGAUCGCUUCUGGAUUGGGAAAAAAGGUAUGAAAUUGCAUAUGGGGUAGCUCGGGGACUCAUGUAUUUACAUCAAGAUUCGACCCUGAGGAUAAUCCAUAGAGAUUUGAAAGUUAGCAAUGUCUUAUUGGAUGUUGCAUUGAACCCCAAGAUUUCAGAUUUUGGGUUAGCGAGGAUAUGUGGAGGAGACCAAAUUGAAGGAAAAACGAAGCGUGUGGUCGGGACAUAUGGGUACAUGGCACCAGAGUAUGCUAUGCAAGGCCAGUUUUCUAUAAAAUCAGAUGUGUACAGUUAUGGAGUUUUGUUGCUAGAGAUCAUCACAGGCCAAAGAAAUAGCGGGUGCUAUCAUAUGAAUCCCUUUUGCUAUUUAAUUGGCCAUGUAUGGGAGCUGUGGAAAGGAGGAAAAUGCAUGGACAUUGUGGACAAAUCAAUUGGCAAUACAUAUUCUGAAGAAAUCGUAUCAAGGUGCAUUCAAAUCGGUCUUUUGUGCGUGCAAAGAUAUGCAUCGGACAGGCCAACUAUGUCCACAGUGGUUUUCAUGUUGGGAAAUGCUGAUGUGGUACUUCCGUUCCCGAAACAGCCCGCAUUCAUCGACGAGAGUGACUACAAUGGAAAUAUUCAGUCGAUAUGCAACCAAACAUGUUCUGUUAACAGAGUUACAAUUACUGCUGUUGAAGCUCACUAGCCACAUGCCACCACAAGUCCACUACGGUACUACUCAACUUGAGAAAUUGAGAUGCUUCCUGUAUCGGUAGAUAGACGACACCUGAAGGCUAAUCGUGUUGUGUAUGAGCUAAAAGUUGCUCUUGUGCUUAGGAGAAAAGUUUACAUGUAGAUUAGAUGUAAUAGACUACCGUUGCAAAUUUCCUUGAAUAUGCAUGAGGUAGGAAUUAUUUUCUUGUUUGA